UGCACUAUUUGAAGGCUGUGUGUGUGUGUAUGAGAGUGCAUGUGUGUGCGUCUGAAGCCAUAGGCAAGAUGGGGGGGACAGAAUGGUGCCGUAUGGUUUUCAUAACUCUCUGAGGGUUUUCAAUUCUGCCCCCUCUCCCCCCCAGCCCACCACCCCUACCCGUCAACCCCUCCAGCCUUCACUUAUACACUCACACACUUUACCAGCCCCCUCUUCCAAAAACACACAAUUCUUUUUCCUCUACGUAGCCUCCCCCCCCUUUCCACCCUCCCCCAUCUUUCUCUCCUUCUGAGGUUCAGUCAAGAAAGCCAGCUUUGCAGAGGCAAGAAAGCCCCAGCAGGCUCACAUACAGGAGAGGCUUUCUGUCACUGAAAUUCAUCAGACUCAUAUGCCGACUCUAUUUAACUCCUUUGGACUCCUCCUAUCAACAAUUUCAAACCCUGGACUCUACUGAUACUUCACUGGACUUUAUUUUGGACUCUUCUAGACUCAACUGGACUUCAUAGGGGAUUCCACUGGACUGCAUUGGUGUCUAUUAGUUUUAUGUAGGAUCUGGUGGAAUCUGAUUUACCGUGGCAGCAGUGCUGACAGUUGGCUUUUGAAUGGAGUUUGACUGAUUCUGCACUGUAGGGCUAAUUGUCUGAGGGUUUGGACAAUCCAAAGUAAAUUAAGGUAAUCCAAUGUCAGUUCUGGAUUUAUCUGCCUCAGAUUACUUUGUGUAAAAGGCCAAUUAGAUCAUAUUAUUUAUUGAAAUACACUAAAUGAUAGAAAGAUAUAGCAAGUCUGCAAGUUUGCAUUUGUUAAAUUGAUUGAAGUGGGUGAAAAAUAGUUAUUUAUUUUGACAACAAGGUUGAAUGUUGGCCUAGUUUAAACCUCAUGUCUUGGUGGAGGAUGCAAAAGACCAUCAGGAGCAGUAGCAGCUGCAGCAACAUGAGUCUCCUGUGUGUCCUGUGGCUGCUGAUGGUCUGUCUCGCUCCUGGAAGCCGAGGCCAGAGGCUGAGGGAGACGGAGGGCGAGCAGCCAGCAGCCAGGGCUCAGCUGGCGGAGAGAGACGCACUCUGCCACCAGGAUGGAUGCUACACUGUCUUCCUCCAGAAGAGAUCCUUCAGGGAGGCUGGGCGGAGCUGCAGGGAGCGAGGUGGGACCCUGGCAACGAUGCAUACCGACAAGGCAGCGGGUGUGGUCCACGAGCUGCUGUCAGCCAUUGAGGCACAGGGGACCAGGUCACGGUUUCGCCUCUGGAUCGGGCUGCACAGACCACCACGCCAGUGUUCAUCCACCCGACCACUCAGAGGAUUCGUCUGGGUCACAGGAGACCAGGAUGGCCAGUUCACCAACUGGCUCCGUGAAGACACCCCUGGGACCUGUGCAGCCCCUCGCUGUGUGGCCAUGACCGUCCACACUUCUGAGAGCGGACGUGAAAGCAACGACAAUUUCCGGUGGCUUGACGGCUCCUGUGCGCUGCCGUUGGAUGGAUACGUUUGCCAGUACAACUACAAAGGAAUGUGUCCACCACUGGAGGACGAGGGUAGAGGUCCAGCUGUUUACACCACCCCAUUUCACCUUCUCAGCACCCUGCUCACUCAUGUGCCCUAUGGGUCUGUAGCUACUCUGCCCUGCCCUGCAGACAGCUCGGACCCAGAUGCUCCUGCUGAGCAGACGGUGCUGUGCAUGGAGAGAGAUGAUGAGACAGUGGGCUGGUCCAGGGAUGCCCCACUCUGCUCGUCCAGCGCAGGUCCAAAGAACCAGGACUGGUGUAGCGGGGAUCAUGGGUGUGAGCAGUACUGUCAGAACACAGACACAGACUACUACUGUUACUGCUCUGAGGGCUUUACGAUAGAUGACGACGGGUACGGCUGCAAACCUGACCCCCUGAGCCAAACUGAUCCCCCUGAAUUAUCCUCUGACUCCGCCGGCCCCACCGAACAGCCCCACAUCAAAGAGGUCUGUGUGGAGAUGGGGUGCGAGUACGACUGUGUGGAGACGUCUCGGGGAAUCCGCUGCACUUGCCCCCCAGGUUACCAAAUGGGUCCAGAUGGCCGCAGAUGUUCUGAUGUAGACGAAUGUCAACAACAACCAUGCCCACAAGUCUGUGUCAACAUCCCAGGCACCUUCCACUGCACCUGCCACCCCGGCUACCAGCCAGAUGAUGAGGGGGAGUGUGUGGACAUUGACGAGUGCCUUGACGAGGGCAGCUGUGAAGGCACCUGUGAGAACACAGUGGGGUCCUUCACAUGCCUGUGUAACCCCGGUUAUGAGUUGGGCAGUGGAGGAGAGUGUGUAGAUGUGGACGAGUGUGUGGGGGAGUCGCCCUGCCAGCAGCAGUGUCUCAACUAUAUGGGAGGGUACCAGUGUUACUGUGACAAUGGUUAUGACCUGCAGUCAGAUGGACUUACCUGCCUACCUUCACCUGAUGAUGAAGAAUAUUCCACUCUGACUCCUGACCCCAGUGACUCUGCUCACAUACCUGAUUUGGACCCCAACCAUGAUAUUCCCUGGUCCACCUCAUUCACCCCGGACCCAAACUUUGAAGCUGACACUAACUUUGAUGUUGACUGGCUGACAGAAGCCCCUGAGGGACGCUCCUCUGACGUGUCUCAUGGCUCAGAUAAUCAUCUAAACCAAUGGGAUGCCCUGUCACCAAAGCGAUUUCAGACAGUCCCAUCCCCAACGCAGAAAGACAGCACAGGCAAUGAAAUUGAUAAUGAUGCUGAAGCUAAGGCAGGAGGUAGAGAAGCUAGUGAUGGGGUGGGAGCUGCAAAAGGGUCAGCCACUGGGACUAGGGAGGGGGAGGAAUCCAAGAUGGAUAGUACAGAGGAUGUCACACCUGAGGUAGGGGCUGGAUCUGCUGCAGGUAAACGGAAGCAUGACAAAAGCUGGCUGCUGGUGGCCCUGCUGGUGCCUCUGUGUGUGUUCCUUGUAGUGAUGCUGGCUCUGGGGAUCGUCUACUGCACCAGCUGUGCUGUGGACAAGAGCCUGAGCUUUUCAGACUGUUAUCGCUGGAUACUUCCUACGACACCUCCUGAGAGGAGGGAUGGCAAAACCCAAGCAUGAACCCUAAAAUCAACAAACACAGGUGCACGCACACGCACACAGAUGUGUUGAAAGCCCAGAUGUCUGUUAACAUUUCUCUUUUGGUGCAGAACUGGUCACUGAAGCUGCCUUUUGGGGUUAGUACAGCUGACUGGCUUUCCCAAUCAUCAAAAAAAACUUAAUACUUUCUGUUGCACACCUUUUGUAAAUAAUUCACUUUCUCAUCAUGUUUUUACAUUUCAAUAAA